AUGGUAUAUCAUUGCUACUACGUCCCUGCUACAUCACUGCUCCAUCUCUUUUAUAUCACUGCUCCAUCCCUGCAACAUCCCUGCUCUGUCCCUGCUUCAAAGCUGCUACGUCCCUGCUACAUCCCUGCUAUGUCCCUGCAACGUCCCUUCUAUGUCUCUGCUAAAUCCCUGCUGCAACACUUCUGCGUCCAUGCUCCAUGUUUGCUACGUCCCUGCUACAUCACCGUUAUAUCCCUUCUACAUUUCUUCUAUGUCUGUGCUACAUCCCUGCUCUGCCUGUGCUACAUCCCUGCUCUGUCUGUGCUACAUCCCUGCUCUGCCUGUGCUACAUCCCUGCUCUGUCUGUGCUACAUCCCUGCUCUGUCUGUGCUACAUCCCUGCUCUGUCUGUGCUACAUCCCUGCUCUGUCUGUGCUACAUCCCUGCUCUGUCUGUGCUACAUCCCUGCUCUGCUGUGCUACAUCCCUGCUCUGUCUGUGCUACAUCCCUGCUCUGUCUGUGCUACAUCCCUGCUCUGUCUGUGCUACAUCCCUGCUCUGUCUGUGCUACAUCCCUGCUCUGUCUGUGCUACAUCCCUGCUCUGUCUGUGCUACAUGCUGUCUGUGCUACUGUGCUACAUCCCUGCUCUGUCUGUGCUACAUCCCUGCUCUGUCUGUGCUACAUCCCUGCUCUGUCUGUGCUACAUCCCUGUGCUGUGCAUCCCUGCUCUGUCUGUGCUACAUCCCUGCUCUGUCUGUGCUACAUCCCUGCUCUGUCUGUGCUACAUCCCUGCUCUGUCUGUCUGUGCUACAUCCCUGCUCUGUCUGUGCUGUGCAUCCCUGCUCUGUCUGUGCUACAUCCCUGCUCUGUCUGUGCUACAUCCCUGCUCUGUCUGUGUGCUACAUCCCUGCUCUGUCUGUGCUACAUCCCUGUGUCCAUCCCUGCUCUGUCCCUGCUCUGCUAUCCAUCCUCUCUGUCUGUGCUACAUCCCUGCUCUGUCUGUGCUACAUCCCUGCUCUGUCUGUGCUACAUCCCUGCUCUGUCUGUGCUACAUCCCUGCUCUGUCUGUGCUACAUCCCUGCUCUGUCUGUCUCUGCUCUGUCUGUGCUACAUCCCUGCUCUGUCUGUGCUACAUCCCUGCUCUGUCUGUGCUACAUCCCUGCUCUGUCUGUGCUACAUCCCUGCUCUGUGCUACGUCCCUGCUCUGUCUGUGCUACAUCCCUGCUCAAGAGACCCGUGA